UGUGUGCAAAUCCGCUCCGGUGCGAAUCUAUUUGACCUGUGUCCGUGACCUUGCAUGGUGUCCGUGGCGAUAAAUAGGUGUGUUCUAGUGACCUUAAGGUGCGGAGAGGCGCGAAAGGCGUUAUGGAUACGGAAUUAAGGAAAUACUGGGGACAAAACACCAGACACAUAGGAGGAGUGUGUGUGCUGGGAGGACCUGAGCCACCUCCACCCCACCCCUGGGGCUUCCUGCCCCAGGAGGAGGAGGAGGAGGAGGAGGAGACGCGGGUGCCCCCCGGGGGGAUGUGACAGCGGUGACGACGAGCCCCCGUCCUGCACCCCCUGGCCCCCAAGCCCCACCCCACCUACCACCAGCCACACCAAUCCCCACAGCAGCCUCCGUCACCCGCCCCACACCAGGAGCACCUGCCCCAGGACUGCCUGCCCCGCCCCCACAAGACACCGCCCCCAGCCUCCCCUGUCCAGAAGGAGCGCGCCCCUCACAGGUCCCGCUCCCGCUCCCACUCCUGCUGCAGCACUGUGGCACUCAACAUAGCCACAGCAGGAGAGUUCCAGUACCCUUAUGAUGCAGCCAAGGGGACUGACGCCACCACCACCACCACCACCACCACCACCACCACCACCGCCACCACCACCACCACCACAACAAGGGUUAUUCAAGUGGGGAACAUGCUUCAGGUGUUGCCCCAAGAUGCCUCAGCCCCGCAGCCCCACUCCGCCAUGAUAGUGCAGGCAGGGAAUGUCAUACAGGUUGUUCCAGCUGACAACAUGCAGGUGUUAGGGGCAGAAGUUGUUGGAGUUGGUGGGAUCAUGCAAGUGGUCGGGGUCCCAGGCUCUCCCAAACCAGCUCCCCAUCUGUGCCUAUGUAGUGUCUGGCCAGCCACUUGUGUGUUUUGGGGACUCAGACCAGCAGAUUCCCACUGUUUAUCCACUGUUUGUGUUGAUGCAGUGUUUGGCCAGCCACUUGUGUGUAUGUAGGGGACUCAGACCAGCAGAUUCCCACUGUUUAUCCACUGUUUGUGUUGAUGCAGUGUCUGGCCAGCCACUUGUGUGUAUGUAGGGGACUCAGACCAACAGAUUCCCACUGUUUAUCCAUUGUUUGUGUUGAUGCAGUGUCUGGCCAGCCACUUGUGUGUUUUGGGGACUCAGACCAGCAGAUUCCCACUGUUUAUCCACUGUUUGUGUUGAUGCAGUGUCUGGCCAGCCACUAGUGUGUAUGUAGGGGACUCAGACCAGCAGAUUCCCACUGUUUAUCCACUGUUUGUGUUGAUGCAGUGUUUGGCCAGCCACUUGUGUGUAUGUAGGUGACUGAGACAAAUUUAUUUACUGUUCAGUGACCCGUUUGCAGGCACAGGGGUGUUGACGAGCUGGGUGUGCAGGAGACAGACAAUUAGAAAGGAGGCCACGUCGGAGGUGCCUGUGGUGGGCUCGCCAGUUCCGGAGUACGAGGUGGAGGAAGAGGAAGAGGAGGACGAGGAGGAGGCACGGAUGAGGAAGAAGAAAAGAUCAUUAGCUGUAGCUCUCCCUCCAGCUGAUAAGGGGAUAUUAAUGAGGCCUUCCUACAGGUGUGUCUGUCUACCUGUGUGUCUCUCCAUCUCUCCCUCUCAUUUUUCCAGUUUCCCAUUAUUUUCUCCACCCUCUUCCAGCCUCUCACUGUCUUUUCUCAGCCUCUCCCAGCCUCUCACAACCUCUCUCUCUCUCUCUCUCUCUCUCUCUCUCUCUCUCUCUCUCUCUCUCUCUCUCUCUCUCUCUCUCUCUCUCUCUCUCUCUCUCUCUCUCUCUCUCUCUCUCUCUCUCUCUCUCUCUCUCUCUCUCUCUCUCUUGCAGGUACUCUCCCAGCCGUGUCACAGCUGAUGAUGAUGAUGAUGAUGAUGAUGCCAUGCCCACCCCCAGCCUGAGCCACCCUCCACCCACCCCAGCCCUCACCAAGCCUCCUUCAGUACCCCUCCACACCACCACCACCACCACCAGCGACGCAACAGCCUCAUCUACCUCAGCCGGCCCACCCCCUGGCCCGACCCCCUCCCUGACAGUGGCCCCCCCACGGCAGGCAAGAAGAAGAAGGAGGAGAAAGUAUCAAUAAUCGUACAGAUUCGCGACGAGGAAUCCAGACUGAAACAGGCGCUGGGUUUAAAGAACAUAAUUUUCAACCCUUACGGUCCUGGCCUGGCCCCGAUUGCCAAGCUGCUGGACACCCCUGAGGAGCUGAAGCGUUUUGAGCCCAAGGGCUGCACCAGGAAGGUCCGGCCGGAGGAGAACGAGGCUCGGCAGAACAGAGACAAAGAACGGCGGCGCAGGGACAGGCCGGAGAGGGUCGACAGAAUGGACCGCCCCAGGGCAAAGGAGAGGGACAGACGCACGGACGCACAGGCUACGCAGGUCCGCUCCAUCCACCCACCCGUGCACAGAAAUGCUGGUAUCUCCACGUUGACAACUGGCCAGAGGAAGUAAGGACAGUACCUUGUGUCCCUGCCUCUGCUACCCCACCCCCUGCCCCGCCCCCUGCCCCAGCCCCCCGCACACAAGUCGGCCAAGUCCAAGUGGGACUCUGACACAGAAGAGCAAGUGGACGGACAGAAGUGAGGGGAGAGAGAGAGGAGGAAGAGAAGGAGGAGAGGAAGGAAAAUAAAAAUAUAAUCAAGAAUUUGGAGGAAGAGGAAGACCAGGAGGUACAGGUGAAGGAAGAGGAGGAAGAGGAAUAGACUAUCCCAGAGAAGAUGAAGGAAGAGGAGGAAGAGGAGGAGGAGGAGGAGGAGGAGGAGGAAGAGAAGGAAGAGUGAGGUAAAGGUCUUCCCCGAUUGUUUGACCGAAGAAUACGAAGCUUUCCUUAUGAUGGUGGAUGGAGGAGGAGGAGGAGGAGGAGAGAAGAAAGAGGAGGAAGAGGAAGAGGAGGAGGAGGAAGGAAGAUGCAAGAGAGAGGUCACAUCACUAUAUAAAGAAGAGGAGGAAGACUACAUGAAAAUUGAAGAAGAGGAGGAGGAAAGAAGAAGAAAGAGGAUGAGAGAGGAGGAGGAGGAAGAGGAAGAGGAGAAGAAAGAACAGAAGACCCUGGAGAAGAUGAAGAAGAAGAGGAAGAAGCAAAUGAAGGAGAAGAGGAGGCAGAAGAAACUGGAAAAGAAAGCAAAGAAGAAGAGGAAGGAGAAAGAGAGGAAGAGGGUCAAGAGGAGGAGGAAGAGCAGUGAUAGUUCAGUACAAAUGGAGGAGGAGGAGGAGGAGAGAAGACUUACAAGAGAUAAGAGGAAGAGGAAAUAAGAAUGGACUGCAAUAAGUGGCAGAGAGGAGGAGGAGGAGGACGAUAAACGCAUCACCUCGAGGAAGAAGAAGGAGGAGGAGGAGGAGGAAGAGGAAGAGGAACAAGAAGAGGGUAGAAGAUUCAGCAGACACUCGGAUAAUGGUGAAAGCCCCUCUUAUACUCCACCAAGAAGACUGCAAGAACAGGAGAAGGAAGAGGAAGAAGAGGAGGAGGAAGAGGAGCCACUUUCCCCAGUGGCUCGGUUGGGAUCGAUAGCAAGGAGUCACCAAGGGAGUCAUCGCCAAAACGGGGCAGAACCGGGGCAUUCCGGGUCACCUCAGGGUCAGGGAGGAGCUACCCGGCCAGCGACACGUCUGGGUACUAUGACCUGACCCCGGACUCCUCCAGCGGGGCAUCCGGGGCAAAGACAUUCAAUUUAGAGGAUAUUCCGUACCCUACCAGAGAGAGUGAGAGGCACAGCCCCUCCAACAUGUCCCUCUCCUCCUCCUCCUCUGCCCCACCCACCCCGCCCCGCCCCCCCCACCCCAGACACCCUGGAUGCCAUCCCCAUUCCCCCACCCACCCUGGACCUCACCAACAUCCCCAAGCCGCCCGUCACCUUCACCAUCACCCCGCCAUCCCCCAUCCCCAGGCCCAAGAAGGACCCCCUGCCAAGACCCAAGCCCCCGGUCCCCCUUCCUCCCAUGGCAGCUGCCCCACUGCCCCCCUUAUCCGUCCCCUUGCCCUGCCCCACGCCUGCCCACAGGGAGGAGUCCCUACCAGCCUCGCCGCCCCGGGAGGUGCCCCCCAUCGGAGGGGCGCCGGUGUCCCCCGGGGGACAUGACAGCGACGACGACGAGCCCCCCGUCCUGCAUCCCCCGGCCCCCGAGCCCCGCCCCACCCACCACCAGCCACACCACCAUAUAGUGUGGUUACAUUAUUGUCAUCAUGAUCAGGCCGCCGCGGGCCGUGGCGCGGCCUUCACCCUGCUCAUGACACAUGAAUCCACGCCGGCCGGGACCUUACGCCUUCGAUGUAUGUACUACUCCCGCAGCCCAGCCCGCCCCUACCACCACAGCCCGCACACCCUAGAGCGCCCCCCACAUGCUGGCCUCUUCCCUGCUUCACGGCCAGGCCAGAUGGCUACUCAGUGCGUGGCGUGGCGGCCUCAGGGCGUGGCAGCCGCCACACCCCCGAGGGCUCCCCGCCCCCAGACCACUGCCACGGCCCACACAUCCCAGAGCGCCCCCCACAUGCUGGCGGCUUCCCUGCUUCACCGCCAGGCCAGAUGGCUACUCAGGGUGUGGCGGCUGCCACACCCCCGAGGGCUCCCCGCCCCCAGACCACUGCCAGUACCACAGCCCCGUGGUGCAGUACCACAGCAGCAUCAGUCCUCCCUUCUCCCGCAGCCCCCCGUGGAGCCCCGAUGGGGGGCGCCGCGCCAGCCCCACAGGGUGGCGCAGUCCAUGCUACCAGCACCACCACCACCACCACUACACUGCCCCACCCCGCGACCGCUGGAGCCCCCAGUGCUCCCCACGCCGUGUUACCGUGUUACCCGCUCUCUGUUACCCUCUCCCCGGGGCGCCGCUCAUCACCCCCAGACCGCCGUGCCUCCCCGGAGCGGGGCCGCUCACCACCCAGCCGCUCCCCACGCUACUCCCCGCGCCAUUCCCAUUCCCGGGGGGCUGAGGUCCCCCUGCCGCUCCCCCUCCCCACUGGGUGAGGUGUACCCCUACGAGCGGCGGGGCUGGGGCUGCGCAGCCAGGGAGUGGGAGGCUCUCACCACCACCAUCACAGCCCCAAGGCAGAGCAGAGAAAUAGGGAGGGCAAGGGCUAUGGGUACUCUCCCCCUGCGACAGUAUUUGAUGACGACCUCCGGAUCAUGAGCGAGGCAGAGAUGUUCUCCAUGGGGUUCCACAAGGGGGGAGAACAGCGAGUCUCCCCCCACCCCCCGCUCCCCCUCCCCCAACACCCUCGAUGCCAAGUCUUUGGGUACUCUCCCAGCCGUGUCACAGCUGAUGAUGAUGAUGCCACCCCCACCCCCAGCCUGAGCCACCCUCCACCCACCCCAGCCCUCACCAAGCCUCCUCCAGUAACCACCACCACCACCACCACCAGCGACGUAACACCCCACCCCACCCCUCCCCAGACCACAGAUCCCAGACUGUUGGAUGUGACGCCACAAGACACAGGGCUUCGUAACACCAGUGCACGGUGAUCAAGACAACACUGGACCAGAAAGACGCAAAGUACAGGGAACAACACAGUGCUUCUUCAUUUUAGGUGAGCCAGAAUGAGCUUGUUAAACUGAGCGGCCUCUUCAAGUACCACUGGAACUGUUCGUCAGAGGAGGAGGAGGAGGAGGUAAGGGAGUGCGCCAAGACCCUUUACAGCGGUGCAAAGGAGUGGAGGGAGAUGAGGAGAAA